AUGCUAAAGUACCUCAACUUGAAGUCUACUCUCACACAACAACAACCUCUCCGAAGAUGUUAUUCUGUGAAAUUAUUCGGAGAGAGUAACAAAACAAUUCCUAUUUGGUUUCCACUCUACAGAAUGAUUUAUAAAUUUCACCAGACUUGUUAUCCUCCUUCUCAACGCAAGGAAACCAACAACAUGAUGAGAGAAAUAUUCAAAGAUUAUAUUGCGAGAUAUAAUUCCAAAUCAACAACAUUGGAAGAGAAAGCACUGAUAUUGGAGGACGCUAAAGAAAGUGUUGUCUCUUACAUGGAAAAUUUGAAAAAGAUGACAAACAAUGGAGACGAACAAAUUGAAUUGCAUUCUCCCCAAUUCUGGGAAAAUCUAUAUUCGAAACUUUAUACAGAAUAUUUAGAACAGAAAAAAUCGAACCAACAAUUGAAGAUUUCAGAUUUCAUUGAAAAUGACAAGUACCUCAAUAGAGAUUGGUAUGGACCAUUCAGCGUGGUGAAACCUCAUUUACAACCUCUUCUGGAAACGCUUCGUAAGGAUUCACAAAUUUUAAUCUUGGGUAAUGGAAUUUCAAGACUUCCCUUAGAGAUUUAUAGAAUGGGUUUUACAAACAUUGUAUGCACAGAUAUUUCAGAACUGGUCUGUGACAUGAUGAGACAAUAUUCAAGAGAAGUGCUUGGCGAAAACAAUUCCAUCCAAUUUGAGGUACUAGAUAUUAAAAAUAUGGAAUCAUUGCAAGAAAAUUCCUGUGAUCUGGUGAUUGAUAAGGCAGUUCUUGACUCGUUAUACAUGGAGGAAGAUGAAACUGCCUAUUUCGAAGGACAACUCGAUAAGGGUAUACAAAAUGUGAAAAUUGUUCAACAACAAGUGCUCCGAGUGUUAAAACCAACAUGUAAAUGGAUUGUAUUUAGUCAAUAUGAUUUCUCAUUAGAGCCUGAAACGGAGGAAGAACAGUCUCAAGAAUUAUUACUAGCCUUUGAUGCUAAUCAAUGCAAAUCUAUUGAUGUCUCUGUUGACUCCGAAGCAGGAAUGUACAUUUAUACCCUUUCCAAAUAA